AUGGCGCGCCGAGGACAGCUGCGGUGGUUCUCGACCUACAUGAUGCUGGCCUGCGCGCUCCUCCUCCAGCGCAUCCUCGCCCAAGAAGAGUCCAAGGAAGCCAAGGGAACCAAGGGCUCGCAUGAGGCGACAGAGGCCAGCCACGAGGACGAGGCAGCCGAGGCCUACUACACGGCCGUCGCCUCGGUGGUCACGAUCACCGCGCUCAUCUUCAUGUCCAUUGUCUUCGAGACCGCUUCCGAGCACCUCAAGGAGUCGACGGAAGAGACCAACAUGCCGUUCAUCAGCACCAUCUUUAGCGAACUUACGACGCUGGGCUUUAUUGGCUCGGUGCUCUUCGUUGUCUCCAAGUCGGGGUAUCUUGAAAAGGCGUCUGUAUUACUCUUUGGCGAAGGCAAGAAGGAAGAGCUUCAGGAGACCGUCGAGAUGCUUCAUAUGGCGCUCUUUCUCUUCGUGGUCAUCUUCCUCCUCCUCUGCAUCGUCUUGCUCAAGCUCGGCACGGGAGUGCAGAACGAGUGGCGCGAGUUUGAACGCCGUUCCCCGUACCUCCCGGUGGUCGUCUCGGAUUUCUGCCUCGCGACCGAGCCCCCGACGACAUUUUGGGAAAAGUUCAACUACCGGCGCAUCCUGGAAGCAUCCAAGCGGCGUCGCGAGAUGGUCUACUUGAGUCUUCGUCGGCGGUUUGUCGAC